UACCGACGCACUCGCUGCACUCACGGGUCCGGCGCGUAACGUGCGUUUCGGUUAAAACGACGAGACAGUGACGACGGCUACGUGAAAAUCGAUGAUACUAUUAAUAUAAUUAUUUGAUUUUUCUGCUGCUGCUGCCCACGAAAUCUACACRAGUGUUCGGCAGACGGAGAUCACGCUACAACAAUAUUAUUGCAGGGUCAUAUGGUGUGAUAUCAUGAGUUCUACGGCUUCUCAAAUUAGUGACUUCAAUUUAUUAAGACGAUGUGGCAAAAGGUCGUCAAAGAAGAACAACUCGACCAUCGCAGAGCUGUAUAACAAUUUAUAUGCCAGUCAAAUGGUGGCAGCUGACCAAAGGGCCAAAAUGUCGCCUCAGAGAACCAUUUCGCUGGGUUCGCUACAUCAUCCGCCACAAACUCAAUUUAUGGAACCCAGGCUCUCACAACUCGAAACAUUAGAAGCUAAGAUGGCUAGCAUUGAAGUCUCACUGUCUUCGACGCUGAAAAAGGCGAAAAAGAGUUCAACUCCUGUCAUACCAACUAGCCCCCAACCGGCGAUGAUAUCACAAAAAAUCAUAACACCCGUCAAAAGCAAUGKAUWUAUAACGGACAACCACGACAAAGAAAAUAUUACGCGAAACAACGUAAAACUUCAAACUCAUCUAGUCAAUGAAACCAAUGAGCAGAACAAACAUAAUCAAAAAGUGCAAAGCGAUACGGUCAAUGAAAGUGAAAAACAUUCGCUGACCCAAAAAAUAGAAAGCCUAAAAAAUGACAUGGACCAAAAACGAUUGACUAUUAAAAAUAUAAAAAUGUCAUUGGAACAAUUAGAUGUUACCGAUAACAUUGACACGAGGAUACAACAGGCAGAGUUGGAAUAUCAAUUGGGUAGGGAGGAACUUAACCUUCUUAGUUUAAUGGAAGAGACCAACAAACAGAAGUGUCGUCUUGAGGAGAUUGAACAACACAAUGAACAAAAUGAAAAUAAUACUCUAUAUAAUUAUUUAGUUUCUAAUCCCGGGGCCGUGAUUAGCUUACAAGCUGUAGAGCUGGAAUACGAUCCGAAAAGUCCUAAGUUUGGCGUGGGUUCGAGAAAAGAUAAACCAGGCCUGUUUAUUGACUGGACAGUUGACAAUUUGGGAUUUUCAAAAGGAGAUAGAUUACUGGAAGUGAACGGUAAGGUAGUGUUGUCGAUGAAGAAUAACCAUGACCUGAACCGGCUGCUGGAGGUAUCGCCGUCGUCUGUGCGCGUGGUGGUCAUGCACGACGGGCCGUCAGCCGACCACCAACUGGAGCUGGCAACGCUCAGGCGGGAACUAGACGCUUGUCGGACCCGGGCCGAGGAAUUAGACCGGUCCAAGCACGCAUACAAAACGGAAAACGUGAGGCUGUCACACAGGGUGUCGUACUUGGAAGAUCAAGUGUCGGAGCUGAUCAAGUGCCGAUCGUUGUCGUCGGCCUCAAACGGUGGUGGAGGUGGAAGCGGCGUGGUAUUCCAGAGGGGCACCAACUCAGCGGUGAUGGUACGGAGCAAGAGCCCUAAGCAUGGCGUGUCGGCCAUACAGCAGUACAAACGCAAACAGGUGGUGUACGAUGAUCGGCCGGCGACAGCGCGAGCCCCUGAAGGUGGGCCGGUGGUCAAGACACGUAUCCGGACUGUGCCCCGGCUGUACGGAAGUUCGGCAUCGGUUGAGUCGCUAGUGUCGUCGGCCGACGCCGUAGUGGCUGCCUGCAAAUCGUUCGAUGACUUGCACGGCGUGGCGGCGGCGCAUGGUAAACGAAACAAGUAUCCGGCGGCAGGUGGCCGGAACAGCAGCAGGACUCGACACAUACGUGAGGCCCAGCAGACGUUAUUCCGGUUCCUCGACUCCGAGUCAUCCGGCGGAGGUAGUUCCGCCUCGUACUUGCUUCAGCAAUGCGACGGUGGCAGCCUGAGGUCACUCGACCUGCAACAGGACACGGCGGCCACCGACUCACACCGGUUAAAAAGCACUGAAUAUUACUCGCAUCUGACCAUGGCCGAGGCUACCUCCUCGUCUGCCGCAGGAUCACCACGGCCCAGCCGAUCACUCAAUUAUGAUUCGGAACAAUCGGGCCGGCGUGCCCCGAUGCCACCCAAAAAACCGUUGCGGCUGUCGCUGCAGCAGCGACAAUGCAGCAAYGGUGCUGCUGCAGGCAAAAACGAAGUCGAGGACACUGCAAAGACGGUCAAAGACGACAUCAAUGACAACGACAAUGUCGUCGUCAGACUUCGUCACGGGCACAACCACCACAAUCACCAUCGUCGCCACCGCAACGACAACGACGUUGACCUAUCGGCCAUAAACAACACUAUGUCGUGA